AUGGCAACCGCCUGCAAGACUUCGGUUGCAGCGGCAGCUGCCGUUCUCCUGUUGCUCAUCGCAGUCGCCGUUGCCCCGGUCUCAGCCAGCAAUUUAACGGCUUACUCGGUAGUCGGCUGCACUGGGAACAAUAUAACUUGGGGAUGUGGCUGUUACAACUUCACAGGCUACAAGGGAGGCUACUUCUUCAACUACACGGCGGGCCAGGUCGGCCUGUUCUACUUUAACACAGGCUGCCGUGGCCUCUACAUUCCCGUCUUCUUUCGCGUUCGCUACUGUUGGUUCCACAUCUUUAACAGCGUUAAGAUACUAUGCUAA